AUGUCUUCCGAUCCCGACCCGUCCAGAAUGGAACCACAGCCAUAUCCCUUCUACCCUCGAGCUCUGCCUCCAAUCCCAGAAUGCCUCCAGUCACCUGCGAUCCUGGAGACUGCCGCAUUCAUCAAUGAAAAACUCGAUCGUUUCAAUCAGAUCGAGGAUAAGCAAAAAGAGAUUUUGGCCAGUGGUCAGGCCUGGAGUGAAGGCUACAAUUACAAGCCCGAAGAAGGCCACAGAAAGAAGAAGACGGGGACUUCGAAGAAGAUGGAGCUCCGGUUGUGGAAAGAAAUGUGCCCGUUUGUCGUGCUCGGCACGAAACAUAUCUACACAACCAUUGUCAGUAUGAAAAAGGGCAUCGAUAACCGGAAAGAGUUGGAGAAUUUCGAAAGGGAGACGAACGAUCUGUUCGAGCUCCACAAGACCCUUCGUUUUAACCGCUUCACAUAUGAGGCUUUCCUUUCCCACAUCCACGACCUUUGGCCUGGCGCUCCGUCAAUAUACGACAACAAGCAACCGUCCGAGUAUACGGAGCUGCGUGCGGCCUAUUGUUCGACAAAAUGGAGCAAGUUGCGAGACUCGGAUAGACAGCACAAGCCCAACAAGUACUUGAUGUACGUCUACGAGGCCGAGAAGGAGUACAAGAUGAUCCAGCGGUACAAAAACGUUCUGGAUUCACGGGGGGACGAUGUGGCAGAACAAGGGUGGCCAAACGAGCUGAUCAAUCAGAGAUUGAAAUUUUUGGCGGAGGCAAAGGAGGAGCUUGAGUCAAGGAUGGAGCCAGAACCAGAACAAGCAGCAUGA